CAUUUCCGGAUAUCCGGUUGACCGGUUGAUAAGUUUACAUUUAAGAUCCUCAAAUUUUUACUAUUAAGCAGAUUUCUCGCCUAUAAUAGUUUAUUUCUCAUUAUCCUUUUGUAAAUGGCAGAAGAUAAACGGGGAAAUAGAUUUAAAGAAGGAGAAAAUGUGUACGUUCUCAGUUCUGGUCUUGUGUAUGAUGCAAAAAUACUCGAAAUUAUCGGAGACUCAUACAGGGUUCACUAUAAUGGAUGGAAUUCUAAAUGGGAUGAAACUGUUAAAAAGCAGAAUGUAAUGCCCAUAAACGACGAAACACACCGUAUGAAAAUUGAUUCUGAUGCCAAACGAGUUCAGCAGAGAGCGUCCAAACUAUCUAUCGAGAAGAAAAAAUACGAAAAAAAGAGAAAUCCUAUGGGUGAAUCAAAAAGAGGAAGAAAGCGAAAAAAACAUGGCAUUAAAAGAGAGACAAUAAAAAACUCAUUCGAAAAUCUCAGUACUUCUCUGCACACUAACAGUUGUAAUGGGCAAAAAGCUGAAAAAAUAAACAAAUCAUUCGAAAUUAUAAAAACAGCUCCAGGUGAAAAGGGCGUAAUCAAAAAUUAUUCUGCAAGCCAAAUGUCUACUUCUCCCCUUACAGAGCAAAAACCGCACUUGAAAAAAUCUGAAAAAAAGGAAUCAACCGAGUCACUACCAUCAGCUAAAAGCCAGCCACACACUAAAGAACAUACACCAAUAGUGAAUGCCCCAGAAAGGAAAAUGGACGUAAAUCCUCACUCCGAAAAAGAAAUGGAGGUUGAAGAGUCGAAUUCUUAUUAUAAGGAAGCUUUAAAACGUUGGGCUAUUAAAGCCAAAGCCAUGAGAUUAUAUCCUAUAAAUAUUCCCGAUCAACUUUUCAAUUAUACUACGUCGACUUAUCGUGAAAUUAGGAAAGAUCAUAAAGUGUUUAACUUUCCUUUAUCGCACACCAUUAGCGAAAUAUUUACAGACUAUUUAACUCAAUCUGAAUUAUAUACCAAAAAUGAAAGGUUGCAAAAUGGAUUAAGGAAACAGGUUUCUAUAUGCCAAUGUCUUUUUAAUGUUAUUCUGGGGAAAGAAUUGUUAACCGUUGUUGAAAGGCCCCAGUACGCCAGACUUUUAAAAGAAAAUCCAGGAAUACCCCUAACUGAUAUAUUUGGUGCUCCUCACCUUGUCAGACUUUUAUUCUAUAUCAAUAGGACUUUUUCAUUAAUUGGUGAAGUUAACUCAAAAAGAGAAGGAUUUUAUUUAUUAUUAACUGAUCUCGGAAAUUUCUUAACAAGAAACUACGAAAAGUACCUUGAAUCAAACAGGUUGGUCGAUGUGAGACCGGAAGAGGUGUCAUCCUUUGGCAUUGCUCUACCAUCGGACAGUGAUGAAGAAUAA